GCUUUCUUCAGGUACAUACCACUGCCUAAUUUCCUCUUAUUUCUCUGAUUUGUUUCAUGGUGUCUCUCACGCAUGAUUUCAUUUUUUUUCCUCAAUCGUAUUUCUGAUUUGGCUUAGGAUUAGGGUUUGUGGUUUGUAAUUUUUUCUGUUCUAUCCUUGAAGAUUCUGGGCUUGAAUCUUGGAGCUGGGUUGAAGUUUUAAUUUGCAGAAAUAAACAAGGAAGAAGAGGAGAAGAGGUCGAGAAGAAAAGGAUAGAGAUGGCAGGUGUUGAUAAUGAAGUUCUUAUUAUUGAGAAUAAUGAUGAGGCUUCUGUUUGGACUCAAAAUCAUGAAGAAAUUUUCAUCGAACUUAUGGAAGAAGAAGUCUUAAAGGGAAAUAAGAAUACCACAACCUUUACCAAGCAAUCAUGAAAAUAUAUAAAGGAAGAGCUUUGUGGACGAGCAAAAAGAAAUUAUAGUGAUAUGCAACUAAGGAACAAAUACAAUCAAUUAAAGCAAAAGCAUAAUGAUUUUAAGUCUUUACUGAAAGAGACUGGUAUGGGAUACAAUGCAGUGACUGGAGAAGUUAGUGCGGCAGAUGAAGUUUGGGAUAAACUUAUUCGGGUUAACAAGUCUACUAAAAGAUUUAGAAAGAAAGGUUGUAAGUUUUAUGAGAAAUUAUGCACUAUCUUUGGUGAUACUACUGCAACUGGUUCCAAUGCUCAUCCUUCAACUCGAUGUCCUUCUAAUGAUGAUGAUACAACGUCGAUAAGUCCUUCUACUAUGAAUGAAGAAAGCAGUUUUGAUGAGGAUGGUAACAAAAGAAGAGGUAAAUCAACAGCCACUUCGAACUCUCGAUCAGUAAAAAGAGCAAAGUUCUCAGCAGCUUUGGCAGAUGCACUUGCAACAUAUAAUGAAACUGCAAAGCGAAAGAUAGAAUUGAUAGAGAGAUCAAUGACAACAUCUGCAUCACAUUACUUAUUGGAUGAGAGUGUUGAAGCUCUUAAUCAAAUUGAUGGAAUUAGUGGAGAAGUAUACGCAAAAGCUAUUGAGAAGUUUGAGAAUGAGGUGUCCAGAGCAUUGUUUCUAAAGAUGCCAGAGCAUAGAAGAAUGGAUUGGUUGCUGAAUUUGAAGUGAAAAAGUUUAGACUUUGUUUAUCUAUGAACAAGAUGACUUUAUUUAGCUAUUAACUUUAGUUUUGUUUAGCUUUUGACUGGAUGACUUUGUUAAGAUAUUGACUGGAUGACUUUAUUAGCUAUUGACUGGAUGACUUUGUUUAGCUAUUGACUGGAUGACUUGUUAGAUAUUGACUGGAUGACUUUGUUUAGCUAUUGACUGGAUGACUUGUUUUGCCUAUUUUGUUUUAUGGUUUGACUUUGACUUUGAGUGUUUAUAUAUUUUUAUAUAUUGAAUGUAAAAUUUAAAAGUUUUUUCUACUAUCA